UUCUCUUCUUUGACUGUUAGGUUCUUUUGCUCUUCUACUUUUGUUUCAUCGGUGCAAAACCACAAAUGUUGAACUUGAGCUCACCAAUUUCGUCUCCCAUGGAGAUCUCAAACACCGGAAUCAUCGACCACGCCUCAGUUAUCUCCGAUCAAAAUCUCGAACAUCUCCGCAGUCGGCCGAACUCCUCCUUGCCUGACUCCAGUUUCCUUCUCCUUGGAACCCAGAGAUCGGACACGAUCGAUCACCAUAACAAUUUAAUCGCAAUAUCCGACGAGGUAAACCACAAAAUCGCGGAAUCUCGGGUUAUGUCGAUGAUUGCGGAAUCCAUACGGUCUGUGGAGGAUCGCUUGUCCAAAUCCAUCCGAAUCCUAAGAAAUGAGGAUGAAGAGCUCGUGGAUUUUCAGGAAAUUGUCGGAAGAGGGAAACAGAAAACAGGGGGGAAACAAAGGACGUUUUGGGAAGAAAGAAUGUUUGAAGCAGUGAAGUUAGCAGAAGAGGUUGAAUCGAAGAUCAAAUCGUACGUUGAGUUCUCGGAGAAUGAAAAGAGGGAGACAAAGAGAAGAGUCGAGGCCUUGACAGAGGAGAACAGAGAAAUAAGUGGCUUAUUGAGAGUGGCAUUUUCGGAGAAGAAACUGAAGGGGAUGAAUGAGCCAAAGAGAUUGGCGUUGCUACAGAUCGCAGAACGCGGAUUGCAGAGAGUCGGGCUUGGAUUCGGAUUCGGGUUCGAGUUCAGGUUCGUGGAGGAAAAUGGCAAUGAGUGCAGCAAAAACGAGGAGGAAGAAGAAGAUAGUGUUGUUAUGACAAUAGAGAAGACGAUGAAGAAUCUACGGCAUGAGAUCUCUCAACUGCAGAGAUCGUUGGACGAAACAUUGUCCGACAACGAACGAUUGCUGAAACUUGCGGAGGAAAAAGAUCAGAAGCUGGGAGAGAAUGCAACAUACAUAAACGAAUUGGAAAACCGGGAGAAGCUUUUAGCUCAAAACGUGGAAGAGCUAAUGAUGGAAAUAAGAGAAGCCGAAGCCGAAGUGUCUAGAUGGAGAGUGGCUUGUGAGUUAGAAGUAAAUGCGGGAAAGCUCGAGGUUGAAGAACGUAACCGAGUUAUAUCGAUACUGAAGGCGGAAAUUGAGAAGACGAGUUCAGAAUUGGCGACGUCGAAAGGAAAACUGAAACUGAAGGAAGAGCUAGCGAAAGCGGCAAUGGCUGCAGAAGAAGCGGCAGAGAAGUCUUUGUGGAUAUCGGACAAGAGAGCAGCAGAACUCCUCAGCCGCAUAGAACAACUCACGCGACAAUUGGAAGAAGCAGAUGUCGUGGAAUGCAACCGCAGAAAGCUAAGGCAUAGACUAUGUUGGCCUUGGAGAGCGGUUACAAAUGCUACCACUGCGAUUAGAAGAGACGAAAUGGCGAGAAAAAUGUCGUAAGCGCUGAUACCAGAGUUUUCCUACGAGGGAGUGGCUGAAUUCAAAUUUUCUAUGGACACCGAGAUGUUGAACUUUCCGUUGUGAUUCAAAAAAGAAUAAGACAUGGCUUUAGCCAAUACGUAGACAAGACAAGAUAGUUCGUAUGCGACUUUCCAAUCACACCUUUGCUUGGUGAUAACAUGUAUUUUGACGACAUUUUGGUAUAGGAUGUCUAGCCAUGGGGUGAUUUUUGUUAUCCAUAUAACACAAUCUGCGCAGUUGGAUAUGAGUUAUGAGACUCAAACGUUGUAUAUAUAAUGCUAAUGU